AAUUUUCCUUAUUCUUCCAAUGAGCAAACAAAAUCCAAUCCAUCAAAAAACCAAAAAGCCAGAACCCAUUUGAUUCUUGCAACUUCAAAAACCGCUCAUCAAAAUUCAAUCUUCAUAGGACACAUAUCUCACAUCCUUCAAACUCGGCCUGAGAACCCAUCAGCAAGAAGAACCAGUCUUUUUUCAAGAAACCACUCUCAGCACUCAUUUCUUGGCAAAACCCAGAUACUGAUUUUGUUCAACAUGAAGAAGUCAUCAUCAUCAUCAUCAUCAUCUUCUUCUUCUUCUUCUUCAUCAAAGCCAGACUCUGUUCUCCCUCAAAAGACCCCAGACCUCACAGAUCAUUAUACACUCGGCAAGGAGCUUGGCCGAGGUCUAUAUGGCACUGCUUACCUCUGCACUGACAAAUCAAAUGGCAAACAAUAUGCUUGCAAGUCAAUCCCAAAGAGCAAGCUCAAAUUCAAAGAAGACUAUGAGGAUGUUUUGAAUGAGAUAGAGAUCAUGCACCAUGUCUCUGAGCUUUCAAAUGUGGUCAGAAUCAAGGAAGCUUAUGAGGAUUCUGAGUCUGUUCAUUUGGUGAUGGAGCUUUGUGAAGGUGGAGAGCUGUAUCACAGAAUUAGGGACGAGGGUCCUUUUACUGAGAAGAAGGCUGCGUGUUUGAUUAAGACGAUAGUUGAAGUUGUGGAGGGUUUCCAUUCUCUUGGGGUGAUGCAUAGAGAUCUUAAGCCUGAUCAUUUCUUGUUUGUGAGUAAAGAUGAGGAUGCUGCCCUCAAGGCUAUUGAUUUCGGAUUGUCGGUCUUUUAUAAGCCUGGUGAUACAUUCUGCGAAUUAACUGGGACUCCUCAUUAUAUUGCACCGGAGGUAUUGAAUAGAAAAUACGGCCUAGAGGCAGAUGUAUGGAGUGCUGGCGUGAUCUUAUACAUUUUAUUGGGAGGGUAUUGUCCCUUUGACGCAGAAGACGACACUGAGAGCUUCGGGAAGACCUUCGAUCAGAUCUUAAAAAUGCCUCUGGAUUUAGAAUCUGAACCAUGGCCAUCCAUUUCUGAUGGUGCUAAAGAUCUCGUACUUAGAAUGCUAGAUCGUGAUCCAAAGAAAAGAUUUACAGCUCAUCAAGUUCUCUGCCACCCAUGGAUUGUUGGGGAUGGAGUUGCUCCUGUCAAACCCUUGGAGUCUGCUGUUUUAUCACGACUGCAGCGAUUCUCUGCAAUGAACAAAUUAAAGAAAAUGGCUUUGAGAGUUAUAGCAGAAAACAUGUCAGAAGAAGAGAUAGCUGGUCUAAAGAAAUUGUUCAAAAUCUUCGACACCGACAAUGCUGGUACAAUCACAUUUGAUGGACUAAAGAAGGGUCUGAGAAAAUUAGGAUCGAAUCUGAUGGAUUCUGAGAUCCAAGCUCUUAUGGAAGGGGCUGAUACAGACAACAAUGGCACAAUAGACUGCAAUGAAUUUCUCGCUGCAACUCUUCACCUGAGUAAGUUGGAGAUAGAGGAGAACUUGAGGAAUGCUUUCUCAUUCUUUGACAAAGACGGGAAUGGCAACAUAACCAUCGACGAUCUCUCACAAGUGUGUACAGAUUUUGGCCUUGGUGAUGUCCGUCUUGAUGAAAUGAUCAAAGAAAUCAACCAAAACAAUGUGUGUUCUCUGGAUGGGCAGAUAGAUUACAGUGAGUUCGCAGCUAUGAUGAGAACGAAAGAAGAAACAAGCUGAAGAGUCUAAAUGUUCAAUCGGGCGAUGUUUUGCGAGAUGCAGAACAAUAAAAAGCUUGGAGCAAACAUUGUUCAGAUAUGAACCCAUAAUGUACAAAUUCUAAAGUAGUUGAAUAGAUAGAAUGGAUAAACUGUAGAUAAUUUUUCAAAGUUUCAUGUUAUUUUGGUGCUGCAGUAAGAACUGUUUGUUUUCUC